CUGUUAGGUACCUCCGUUUUAAAUCCUAUUAAUUAUGGGAAACUCAUUUUCCGAUUGUCAGUAGGCAGCUACGUGUAACGAAUUAUAGUAAAGUUGAGCAAAAAAGAGACAAUUCGCUUUGUUGGCUAUCAAUGAUUACUAGCCAUGAUUUUCCGGUAAGCCACGCCUUCCCAUAUAAAAUGCAAGUUCAAAGUCAUGCAAUCCUUAAUGUGGGAGUUGAAACCGGCGACAUGCGACGGAAUAGUUUUUACCUUUUAAUAACUGUUGCUUUAUGUUUAUUUUUCACAUUAAGUUUUGGAUAUCAGAUCACAUUUGAAGAUUCAAAAGCCUCAGAUGCUAAUGAUAUAUUAUCAAGAGAAAAACGUCAACUAGAGGACCUGGACAAUGAAUACCCUACACUUUCAGCCCAAGAAGCGGAAGAAGAACCAGGUUUUUGGGAUAGAGUAGUAAAAGUAGCACUUAAGUUGUUCAAUAAGUUUAUUGAAUGGUUAAACUCUUCUUAAAUAAAUGUAGUGUAAUAUG